UGCAAAACAAGAAUGGCGAUCGGAAAGAAGAAGAGUAACAACUCGCCUCAAACGAUAUCCGAACCCGAAAUCUGGUCAUUCAUCACCUCCCAAACUUCAAAGUCAUGCUUCCUCUUCAUAGCCCUCUUCGCCGUCUUCAUUCGCCUCGCCGUCGCACUCCACCCCUAUUCCGGCGCCAACACGCCGCCGAUCUUCGGCGAUUACGAGGCGCAGCGCCACUGGAUGGAGAUUACCAUCAAUCUUCCACCUAAGGACUGGUACCGCAACAGCACCGUCAAUGAUCUCAAAUAUUGGGGACUCGAUUACCCCCCUCUCACUGCUUACCAGAGUUACUUCCAUGGCAUUUUGCUGAGGUUCUUCGAUCCACCAUCGGUGGCUCUUUCGAGCUCUCACGGAUACGAAUCCUACAUUGGGAAGCUGUUGAUGAGGUGGACGGUUCUGAUGUCUGAUUUGAUGAUAUUCUUUCCUGCAGUGCUUUAUUUUGUAACUGUGUAUUACUCUGGGAAUCCUGAUGACAAAAAGAGCAGUAAGGCUUGGCACAUUUUGAUGAUUCUGUUGAAUCCGUGUCUCAUUUUGAUUGAUCAUGGCCAUUUUCAGUACAAUUGUAUUAGUUUGGGGCUAACUACUGCAGCUGUUGCGGCAAUUUUGUCAAAUAGAGACCUUGUUGGCUCCAUGCUAUUUUGCCUUGCUCUUAAUCACAAACAGAUGAGUGCGUAUUAUGCGCCUGCCUUUUUUGCUUAUCUUUUGGGCAAGUGCUUGAGGCGCCAGCGUCCAAUAGUUGAGGUUUUAAAACUAGGUUUGGUGGUUGUUGGGACCUUUGCUCUAAUCUGGUGUCCAUACCUUAAUUCAGUGGAUGCAUUUUUGGAGGUUCUUUCUCGAUUAGCUCCAUUUGAGAGAGGUAUAUACGAGGAUUAUGUUGCAAACUUUUGGUGCACGACUUCAGUUGCCGUGAAAUGGAAGAGAUUGUUUACAACACAAUCACUGAAACUUCUCAGUCUUGUUGCAACUGUUUCCACAUGUCUUCCUUCCAUGAUCCAGCUUGUUUGGUCACCAACCAAACGUGGUUUUCUGCACAGUUUGCUAAACUGCUCAUUCUCAUUUUACCUAUUCUCAUUCCAAGUACAUGAGAAAUCCAUCCUGCUUCCACUUCUGCCUGCAAGCUUCUUGGUUGUGGAAGAACCUUUUGUCUUCCAGUGGUUCAUACACUCUGCCUUGCUCUCCAUGUUCCCUCUUUUGAAGCGUGACAAUUUGGUAGUUCCAUAUGCUGCUAUGUAUGGUCUUUUUGUCCUACUCUACCAUGCGCCCGGUGUCAGGAAAGAUGCAGGAGUGUCCAGCUCCAUUCCAGUUAUUCUGAAAUUGUUUGCAUCUGCUUGCUCUCUUGUCAUUCAUAUCGUCUACAUAACAGUUACCCCUCCAGAAAAAUAUCCUUUUCUCUUUGAAGCUGUGAUUAUGAGCUUAUGUUUCUCUCAGUUUGUAUUGAUUUUGAUAUAUAUAAAUCUAAAACAGUGGGCACCAUCUAAGAUUUCAAGUGAGGCGGAUACCAAAAAGAAGAGGCUCUGAUUUUCUUUAGGAAGAUGUAUUAGACUGCAAGCACAUUUUGAGCUCAGAUAUUCGAAACCUUUUCUGCUUGAGGCCAUAUACUAGUUUAGCUGUAUCUGUACCAUUAAUGAUGAUUUAACAGCUUAGGCUAACAUACCACACACACAUCAGAUCACAUUGUAUCGAAUAGAUAUUGAUCAGAAGCUAAAAACACUCUUUUCUUGAGUC